UUUUUUUUUUCUUACUUGGUCUUGAUUCCUUUCAUCUUUCUUCCUUUACCUCAUUGAUCUCACUAUUUCUUUGUAAUCCGCAUUGUCAAACGUUCUGUUUCCACGGUUUCGAAACAAGUAAUCCGCAUUGUCAAACAUUCUGUUUUCCUGGUUUCGAAACAAAGUAAUCCGCUUAGAUGACAACAUUAGUACCAAUACAUUCACGGUUUUUUCUCCAUUUCCAUUUUCGAUGCGAUUUUGCAUGGUGGCGACAAUGUUUAACCGCAAAACAUCGUUACAAGUUGGGCCAACGUCGAAAAUCUACAUCACAUUGGCGGAUGCUUUCACCGAACCAUCCUCCACUACCGGGUAAUUAUAAAAUGCCAAAAAACGGAUCGGCAAGACAACGCCUUGACUUUGUGGAGUCACAAUGGUUUUCAUCGCCUUGGCAUCGAUCCUCAACCCGUUCUCACAUGCCGCUUUAUACGAUUCAAGAGGAAAAUGAGGUAGCAAGCACUAAACCAUCUUCCAGUAUCUCCCGCUCAAACCGAUCUUUGGAGGCUGCAAGUAUCACGAGUUCGUCAAGUCACAUCUCUUGUAGUUCUUUUGGCUCGUCUUCCACCGCCAGUUAUUGUCCACCACCUGUACUUGCAACAACUUAUGCCCCUAAAAUCCCCCACAUUAUCAACGACGAAGAACAAUGCAAACGAUAUUUCGUACGAUGGAUUCAAGCCCUAUACCGCUUUCAACAAACAUAUCAACUCGCAGCGCCCACCAUCAUGAAGCUAUCAUUUGAUACGCACUAUAACGUCCAAAGCAUUCAGAUUAACCACCAAUCAAAAACGUUUUAUGGGAAUCUGCAGUAUAUCCCACCAGAAUCGAUUAUGCAUCAACAAUACAGCGCAGGACUUGCAGAUGUGUGGGUGCUUGGCAUCUCUCUGUACCGUAUGCUGGUCGGCUGUUACCCGUUUUUGGGUGCCAAUGAUGCAAGUUUGUUACAACGCAUGCUCCAUGCAGAUUUCGUACUGCCAGAGUGCUUAUCGGAAGCGAGCAAGGAUUUAUUACGAUGCAUGCUCGCUCCGGUAUCGAAUCGUGCCUCACUGGACAAGGUAGCAUCGCAUAUCUGGCUGCGACCGUACAACACACAGACAGCGCCUCCAAAGUUUCACUCGCACUUGCAAUCGCUCAGCACAGCCACUCCCCACGAAAUAAAAAAGAAGAAGAAACCUAGAAAGAUGAAGUAUGUCCUGCUAAAGACGGUGGACGUAAUCUGUCGUGGUCCUUAUCCUCCACCAAGGCACCCGUAUCGUGAUCUUGCUCAUCUAGGUCGUCGGUAAAAUGGUGGUGCGUGGCUUAUGAGAGGAAGUAGUUCCGAUUGACACCCCGUCAUGGAUAUCGGCAGCUACAGUAUAAAUUGCACAGACUGUGACCCGGAUUUCAUUCCGGUCAUUUUAAAUCUGUUCACUGUAUAGAAACAAAAGCAAAAAGAUUUAAAAAAUGAAAGAAGUUCUUGUAACUCAAUAAACGACUUUGCCGGUCGAUUUCGCGCUUCUUACUGGUUGCCCUUAGUGCCGCACGCCAUGUCUGAAAAUUUAACUCCGCC